AUCAUCCUCAGUAACAUAUUUCUAAGGUAGAACUUGCAUUGCUUUGUGUUUUAAUUGUUAAUAAGUCCCCGAAUUUAAUCAAUUAUUAUAAUUGUAAUGACUCUGAGAAUGUAGUUUUUCGUUUUGUUGAUAAGAGUGGAGUCUACUUGAAUACAGGAUAAAUUGCAGGUAAACAAUUAAGUAUCAUUCAUUAAUUUAAUAAUGGAUUCUGAGAACGAAACACGAGGUGUCGAUUCGGAAGUUCCGACAGAGGAAGAAAAGCUCAACGUUGACAUUGAUCAAGAUACAAAUAAAGUGUGUUUAGAUGUAAAAAAUGUCGAUUCAGAUAAGGAACCAAUUGAGGAUUCUGUUGCCACUGGAAGUGAGGAAAAACUUUUAGAAAAUAAUGACAAAGAUUUAUCCAAUGUUGAUAAUGUACAGGAACAAUGUUCCGAAGAAGAGCCAACAAAAGAAUCUCAAACUUGUGUUGAAUCUGUCAAUGUUGAUUCUCAUUCUGAUGUAGUUGAACCAAUGCAAAUUGACACUGUUGAACAAAUGGAACAAGAAAAUUUAUCCAAAGCACAAAAUGAAGAAGACGAUUCUGUUAGUAUUUCGAAAGAUAUAGAUGGAAUAUCAGAUAUGGAGUCACAAGAUCCUCUUGAUCAAACAGAAAAGAAAAAUGAUGUUGAAUCAAUUACAAAUGUUGACGAUGUUUGUUUAUCGGAUGAUGCAGUUGAUGAGUCAGGAACAAAUGCAAAUAAUUUGGAUGACAAUUCAGUUGAAACAGAGAAUAAAAAUGAUGAAGCGCCUGAAAUUGUUAAUUCACCAGAAGUUAUGGAUAUAUCAAAUACUAAUAAGGAUAAUGAUAAAGAAAUUGACAACGAUACGGAAAAAUGCAAUGCAACCGAAAAUGAACGAGAUGAUAAAUCACCAGUAAAUUCCGAUUCGGGCGAAAAGGAAAGUACAUUAGGAAAAAGUUCUCACGAGCAAGUCAAUACUGAAUUUGUACAAAUAAUUAGCCAGGAAAAACAAGAUGAUUCACAAAUAGAAAAUCAUUCAAUUAUGGAUGCUGAAGAUCCAUUUGGAGGUGAUAAUCUUAUAACUGAAAAUGAUGAACAAAGUGAGAAUGACGCUAUUGCGAAAAGUAAAGCAAAUUUUGAAGAAGGGGAAAAUGAGACAAUUUCCAAUGAAGAGAAAACAAAAUCAAGUGAUGAGAAUAGUUCUGUAAAAGAUGUUGAGGUCAACAUUGUCAGUGAGGUAGUGAAAGAAAGUGAAAAAACAGAGGAAAAAGAAUUGGAAGAAAAUAGUGAAUCGAAGACGAUAACAGAUAAUGAAGAGAAAGAUAAGGCUGAUGAUAAAGAAGGUGAAAAAGAAAAAAUUGAUACAGAACCUUCAAUUUUGCCUGGACAAGAUGAUGAAUUGUGUAUUAUUCCCGAUUCAAUGAAAGAAGUUGAAGAUAAUGAAAAAGUCACUGAUACGCCAAAGGAAGUGGAACAAACGGAAAAAAUUUUAGAGGACAAUGCACAAAGUAAUGAAAAAUCAAAAGCUACAUCUACAACGGAAGCAAAAGAAAAGUCUCCUGUUAAUGAAAAUUCAGAAUUAGAAACUGUUGUCAGAAAGGAAUUACCCAAAGUUCAAACUGUGACAAAAGUCACUCAGUCUAUAACCGAUGUUAUAGAUAUUGAAGACGAUUUAGAAAAGGUUGUUGAAGUUGAAGAAAUUCAAUCAACAGAAACAUGUAAACAGUGUAAUCAAGUUAAAGUAUGUAAAAUAAAAGUGAAAGUUGGUACAGAUCUUUUUAGUGUUUGUUCUAAAGCAUGUAAAUCAGCAUUCAAAUCGGCAAACAAUAAAGCAAUGGACAUUCCAAGCGAUGGUGUUAAUUCAAAAAGAGAAAAACGAUGCGCCAGUUGUUUAUUAAUAAUUGAAAGUAACGAUGAACGUUGUCUCUCUUGGGAAACAAUGGAAUUUUGUAAUGAGGAAUGCUUGGGAAAAUUUCAAACAAAAUAUGGAAGUUAUUGUCGAAAUUGUAAUGGUUCAGUUCAACCUGUUAGUUUGGGAAAAUAUUGUGUGAGAUUUGGUUACGAUGUGAGGCAAUUUUGUUGCUCGGUAUGCUUAGAAGAAUUUAAAAAAGGAUUAAAAGUUUGUACCUAUUGUCAAAAGGACAUAAGUGCAGGAACAGAAGGAUUUUUAGCGCCCGUUGGAGAUAAAGGACAAUUUAAGGAUUUUUGUACUCAAGACUGUAUGGAAAAAUACUCAAGAAUGAGCUCAACUGAGCCACCAAUUGCUGAGAAAAAAGCUUGCAGCGUUUGUCAAGAGGAAAAAUUGGUUCACUGUGAGGUACAAAUUGACAGAGCUGUUCCAGUUGCAAUUUGUAGUGAUCCUUGCUUUGCUGCAUUUAAAUUUGUGAAUAAAGUUGAUCCCGAUCAAUGUUCUACUUGCAAGAAAUUUUUCGAACUUCCAAACAAAAAAAGUUUUGUUGUCUUUUAUGAAAAUGAUGCUCAUACAUUUUGCACAAAAACUUGUCUUAAUAUAUUCAUUAUUACAAAUCGAAAAAUCGUCCCUUGCAGUUGGUGUAAAGUGAAAAAAUACAAUUUUGAUAUGAUUAAAAAGGAAUUAAAGACAGGGACAGUCAUGAUGAUGUGCAGCUUAAAUUGUUUGACACUCUAUCAGGUUUCAAUUAAUGCAGUCUCUGCUAGAAGAAUAAAGUGUGACUAUUGUAAAGAAGUUUCUCAAGCGCAGUAUCAUUUAACAAUGUCGGACGCUACAAUUCGAAAUUUUUGUUCCUACAAUUGUGUUAUGAAUUUUCAAGGUCAAUAUACAAAAUCACCCAUUACAAUACCAUCGAGUGAUGAUCAUCCCGUACCCACGGGAGUGCCAAAAAGAACAAUACCACCUAGAUCGAUAGCCCCAACGCCAGCAAAGAUUGUUGAUAUUCAGGCGAAGAAAAUUAUGCCCGUAAUAUCGUCGGUAACAAGUUUAGCGACAAUAGGCAAUGGUCAAGUGAGUCCAACAACACAAGCAAAUGCCGUGACAAAUACAGUAGUCUCACCAUUGGCUGUACAAACAGUUUCAAGUCAAACGCAAGUCAUUUAUAAACAACAAGUGAUAACAAGACCAACUAGCCCAGUGAAAAUUCACAAUAAAUCGACUCAGUGUAAACCACUUGUUCAUACAAAAGGUGUUUCUGUGCGACCACAUCCUUGUACAAAAGAAACACAAACUGAUGAAAUUCCAAAAACAAUUAUUCCCAUUCCUGUACCAAUUUACGUUCCCUUUCCAUUGUACAUGUAUAAUAUGCCAUUUCCAGUUCCAACGCCGAUUCCAAUUCCAAUUCCAGUUCCAAUUUUUAUACCGACAACGAGAAAUAGCGCGAAAGGUAUAAUGAAGGAUAUUAAAAGGAUACAGGAGAAAAUACCAUCAGAUCCAUUUGAAGCUGAAUUACUAAUGAUGGCCGAAAUGGUUGCUACUGAAAAGAAAACAACUGACAGUGACUCUGAUUCUGUUGACGAGAACAGAGAUGAACCUGGAGAUGAUGCUUCAAAUACCCAGGCAGACGGUUACAAUGCUGAAGAUGUUGAUUCAAAUAAUACAUUUAGCGAAGACAUGUUCCAAAUGGCUUUAAAAAUGGCUACAGGUGAAUUAGAUGAACCUGCAGUUGAUUUGGAAGCUGCUUUAACACCAAAUACAAUCACACCAUCUCAUUCGCAAACGCAAAACGAUGCACCUACUGAAAAUGACGCACCACCUGAACGUCAACCUUCAACACGUGGUAGAAAACGUAUGGUUAAUUAUAAACCUCGUUCGGCACCAAGCAAACGAGGAAGACGUUCAUCGAACACAAAUGACGUAGCUCUUGCACAACGUCCGGAACAACAACAACCAGCUACUCAACCACCUCGAUUUAAUGAACCUGCCGAAAAACCAGAUGCAAAUAUGGCUCUUAAAUACACAUUUGGCGUUAAUGCUUGGAGACACUGGGUCGUUACUAAAAAUGCCGAACUUGAAAAACAAAGUACUCCAAAUCGAAAGGUUAAAUUGUUUAAGGUCGAUUUGCUUCAAUUAACUGCGGAUGAACUUAACUACUCAUUAGUUUUAUUCGUUCAAGAAGUUAGAAAACCAAACGGUGCUGAAUAUGCUCCAGACACAAUAUAUUACUUAUGUUUAGGAAUACAACAAUACUUAUUUGAAAAUAAUAGAAUAGACAAUAUUUUUACUGAUUCAUAUUAUGAACAAUUUACGGAUAAUUUGAAUGAAAUCGCAAAGAAAUUUUCUGUUUUAUAUAACGACGCACAAUAUAUUGUUACGAGAGUGGAAGAAGAACACUUGUGGGAAAGUAAACAAUUGGGAGCACAUUCGCCUCAUGUACUACUUAGUACAUUGAUGUUUUUCAAUACGAAACACUUUAAUUUAGUGACAGUGGAUGAACACAUGCAACUAUCUUUUUCACACAUAAUGAAGCACUGGAAAAGGAAUCCAGCAGCAACGCCUUCUUCAAUUGCGGGAAAAGCUCCAGGUUCAAGAAAUGUUUUGUUACGUUUUUAUCCCCCUCAAUCUGCAUUGGAAGCCAAUUCGAGAAAAAAGAAGGUUUAUGAACAACAAGAAAAUGAAGAUAAUCCAUUAAGAUGUCCUGUUAAAUUGUAUGAAUUUUAUUUAUCAAAAUGUCCCGAAAGUGUAAAAACACGAAAUGAUGUAUUUUACCUACUACCUGAAAGGAGCUGCGUUCCAGACAGUCCAGUGUGGUAUUCAACAUCCCCUCUCGCUAAGGAGCAUCUUGUAAAGAUGUUGCAUCGCAUUAAAAUGGUCAAAGAAACUAAUAUUGCACUUUUGAAUAGUUAAUUUUGUCAUUUAAAAAAACGUGAUCUUCAGGUUUUAAGCUCGUCUUUGACACUACGAUAAAUUUUAAUAUAAGACGUAAUUCUUUCAAAAAAAAAAAAAAAAAAAAACAAUUUUUUUCAGAAUAAUGAAAUUUAUUUGAAAAAUUGUGUAGAAAGAUUGAUGACAUUUAGACCAAUUUAUGCUGAUACUGAUGAUUCAUUUAUUUCCUAUUGGACAAAUUUAAAAACACUGUUUUCAUUAAAAAAAAAAAAAUUUCGUAAAUAUCAAAACAAUUUAUGAAUGUAUUUUCCAAGACGAUACUUUCAGUAUAGAAUAUUUCUAAUUACGCAGUGUCAGAAAAUUUGACUUUCGACUGUACAGUGAAAAAAAAAAGUAAUUUAGCAUUUAAAUAUAGAUUUGAAUACUAGUUGUAAUAUUGGUAUGGAAUAAUUUCGUAUAUUUAAUUGCUGUGAAUAGACAAAUACAUUUUUUUUUUUUUGGACAGAAAGUAAAUACUGCCAAAAAAAAAGGAAAAAAAUGCAACACACAUUAGGAUUUAAUAGCUUUUUGUUACUACAAGUACAUGACUUCCAUAUCGAGAAUAAUUUCUGGAAAUAAAUCAUAACUUAAUGUUAUAAAACAUA